GGCUACAGCAGUGCAGCAACAUGCGUGUUCUCAUGGUCGCUGAGAAACCUUCUUUAGCGAAGUCUCUAUCAGAAAUACUCUCUCGUGGCUCUUCCUCCAGACGCAAGUCCUCCUGCAGUGCUUGUGAUGUUCACGAGUUCCAGGGGAAGCUAGCAGUGCCUGGAGGAGGGGGGCCGGGACUGGCAGCCAUGUUUAAGAUGACGUCAGUGUGUGGUCACGUGAUGUCCCUAGACUUUCAACCAAAGUACAAUAACUGGGAGACGACUGACCCUUUAUUAUUGUAUGAUGCCGAGACAAUGAAAAAGGAAGCCAUACCAUCGUUAAGAAUACCGUCCUUCCUCAGACAAGAAGGUAAAGGCGUGGAUUAUCUUGUCCUGUGGCUUGAUUGCGAUAAAGAAGGAGAGAACAUUUGUUAUGAGGUAAUAAAUGAGGUGGAGCCAGUCAUGAAACCACCAAAGACACCAAGGACUCAGACAAUUUUCCGUGCAAAGUUCUCUGCUGUUACUGAAGCUGCCAUACUUCAUGCAUUCAAUAAUUUGGGAUUUCCAAACUGGAACGAGUCUCGAUCUGUAGAUGCCCGUCAAGAGCUGGACUUGAGAGUUGGCUGCUCUUUCACUCGAUUUCAAACUAAAUUAUUUCAAUCGUUAUAUUCAGGUUUGAAUAACUCUGUCAUAUCGUAUGGCCCUUGUCAGACCCCUACCCUGGGUUUUUGUGUUGAGCGUCAUGAUGAGAUCCAGCACUUUAAACCCGAAAAGUAUUGGAAACUUGACUGCAGUGUGUCUCAUUCAAGCAGUAACCCUCUGAGCCUUCAGUGGGACAAAGAGAGAAUAUUUGAUCAUGAAGUAAUCAAGUUAUUCCAUUUAAUGCUCACCCACCACAAGAUAGCAAGUGUUGAGUCUGUGAGUGAGAAGUCUCGUUCAAAGGCUCCGCCCCUCCCGCUCCACACUGUUGAGAUGUUGAGGGCGUGUUCUUCAAGAUUACACAUCAGCCCUAAACAAGCUAUGGACAUAGCAGAGAGACUCUAUACUGAAGGUUACAUCAGUUACCCACGUACAGAGACCACCAAGUAUCCAGCUGGAUUUGAUUUCAAAUCUAUCGUUUCUGAUUUAAACAAAAAUGAACAUUUUAAAGAAUUCACAUCCCAGCUGCUAACUGGAGGCAUCAGACCACCAAGUGUUGGUAAGGACGUGGGGGACCAUCCUCCGAUUACCCCACUGAGGAACGCACCACGUGAGGCAGUCAGUGACACUCAAUGGAAAGUGUAUGAAAUGAUCACCUGCCACUUCCUAGCAACACUUUUCCCAGAUUGUAAGUACAAGCAAACGGACGUGGUGUUUUCAUUAGGAGGUGAGUCCUUUUCCUGGGCGGGGCACACUCUGAUCGACCCUGGAUUCACACUCAUUAACACCUGGCAGGCAAUAGGCUCCGUCCCUCAGACUACUGCUCAGUUCUGCAAAGGACAAAAGUGGGACAUUGUUCAAUUGGGCGUGUCUGAGCAUAUGACCACACCCCCUGGGUAUUUGACGGAAAGUGAACUGAUUAGCUUAAUGGAGAAACACGCCAUUGGAACAGAUGCUAGCAUUCCAGUUCACAUUGAGAAUAUUUGUACUCGUAAUUAUGUAUUGAUCCAAAGUGGGCGGAGACUCGUACCAACCCAACUGGGAAUAGUAUUAGUACAUGGAUACCAAAAAAUUGAUCCUGAGUUAGUGAAGCCCACAAUGAGAUCAGAAAUUGAAAAACAACUCAACGAAAUUGCUUUAGGAAAAGCUGAUUAUGAUCAAGUGUUAAGUCAUACUUUGGAUAUCUUCAGACGAAAGUUCUCAUAUUUUCGUGACAAUGUCUCCGGAAUGAAUGAGCUCUUUGAAGCAACUUUCUCUUCUGUGGCCAGCACAGCAAAACUGUUGUCAAGGUGCGGAAAGUGCUUAAGAUACAUGACGUACAUUCCAGUAAAACCACAGAGACUCCACUGCAAGCACUGUGAUGAAACUUACAGUCUACCUCAAAACGGCUCUAUUAAAUUAUACAAAGAGAUCAAGUGCCCCCUUGACGGGUUUGAAAUUGUUAUAUUCUCAGGCCCACGAGGAAAAACCUAUACAGUCUGUCCAUAUUGCUAUAGCAACCCUCCUUUCUCUACUGUCUCCAAGGGAAUGUCUUGUUCCACCUGUCCCCAUCAGUCCUGCCCUCAGGCCAUGAACCAGUUGUCCAUCGACCAUUGUCCAUCGUGUGACAAUGGGACGUUACUUCUUGAUCCAUCCUCUGGCCCGAAAUGGAAAAUGUACUGCAACAGUUUAGCCUGUCCGGUGGUCCUCCAUUGCUUUGAAGGUGUCCAUAAUGUGGAGAAGACAAUCAAUGAGUGUCCUGAAUGUGGAGCAUAUCAUGUACUGGUGGACUUUAAAAAAGACAAUACUCCGUUAAAAGGAGGAGCUACUAAACACAUCGGUUGCUAUAAUUGUGAUCCAAUUCUCUCUCCUCUCGUCCGGGGUCCUGAAUCAGGGAGACACGCCCACAGAGGAAGGGGAAGGGGUAGAGGACGAGGAAGAGGGAGGAGAGGGAGAGGAAGAAGACAUUGAUCCUGUUUUUAAAAAUUGAAUUUAUAUUCGUAAUUAAUUAGUCUAUAUGGGCGUGGUACUGGUUAUUAACUAGUUACAAAAGAUAAAA